UCUCCGACAGCACCGCAUAGACACCUUUUCCUGCCCAUACUGCUCUUCGACCUAUUCUUCUCCAUACAUUAGACGAUUUUCCUACGUACCUUCCAUAAUGGCCGACACAACUCAAGCUCCUGUCAACGGCAACUAUGCUGCGCAUCACGCGUAUGCCACCGAGCCCUACGGUCACAACCAUGUCUCCAACUUCCAGCCUGCACAGUCAUCCACCCCGAUGAGUGCGCAAACAAACGAAACCCAGAAGAAUGAGAUCCCCAAGGACGAAGUCGGAUGGUUUUUCGUGGAGCAGUACUACACCACUCUGAGCCGCAGCCCAGAGAAGCUUCACCUGUUCUACUCUCGGCGGUCGCAGUUCGUCUCCGGUUCUGAGGCCGAAUCUGUCCCUGUCGCGGUUGGCCAGAAGGCCAUCCACGAGAAGAUUAAGCAGCUCGAUUUCCAGGACUGCAAGGUCCGCGUUCUGAACGUCGACUCUCAGGCCUCCUUCGACAACAUCUUGGUUUGCGUCAUUGGUGAAAUCUCCAACCGAUCGGAACCUUCGCGCAAGUUCGUUCAGACCUUCGUGCUGGCUGAGCAGCCAAACGGUUACUACGUGCUCAACGAUGUCUUCCGUUACCUCAUCGAUGAGGAGGAGGAGAUCGUGGCCGAUGAAGCCGGCGCGAUUGAGCCAACCAAUACCCACGAGGAAGCCACUGCUGAAGCUCCCGUGGAAGUCGAGGCUGAGACCUCUAAGCCAGCUGUGGAGGCGCAGGUGGACAAUGAAACUGCGGCGCAUGUCGUGGACGAGAAGCUUGAGGAGGCUGCCACCAACGGCGAAAACGAGAAAGUACCAAAGGUCGCUGCUCAGGCUCCCGAGACCGCCGCUGAACCAGAGAAGCCAGCCGAAGCUGCUCCUGCUGAAGCUAUUCCUGCUGAGCCAGAGGCUGUUGAGGAAGAGAAACCGAAGAGCCCUGCUCCUACGCCUGCUGCAGCUCCUGCCAAGGGCACCACACCUUCUCCAGAGAAGGAGAACGUUGCCCCGGCGAAGGCUGCCCCUGCUCUCCCCAAGACCUGGGCCAAUAUCGCAUCUAAGUCUGGCGCCGCAGUCGCUACUCCUGUCAUUCCCGUUGCUCCGCCCAAGCCUGCUGCUGCGAGCGCCCCUCAGCAACCCCAGCAGCAAACCCAGCAGCAGCCCCAACAGCAACCCCAACAGCCCCAACAGCAGCAGCAGCAGCCCGCUACCCCCUCCGCCCCUGUCUCGGAGAAAGGAGUCAGCCAGCCUUCUUCGAACGACGGUUCCGGCUGGCAGACCGCUGGUGCGGACCACGGUAAGAGACAAUCCCGCGCCGGCGAGGAGCAGAAUGUUCUGGCCUACAUCAAGAACGUUACCGAGAAGGUCGAUGCCGGUCUGUUGAAACAGACUCUUUCGCGCUACGGAAAGAUCAAGUACUUCGACGUCAGCCGCCAGAAGAACUGUGCCUUUGUUGAGUUCGCCGACCCUGCUGGAUACGCCGCCGCCGUUGCUGCCAAUCCCCACCAGAUCGGAUCGGAGCAGAUCGUUGUCGAGGAGCGCCGUCCUCGUUCUAACGCUUACGGUGGAAACGCUAACUUUGGUGCUGGUCGGGGCGGUGCCCGUGGCCGUGGAGACCGUGCUGGCAGCCAGGGCCGUGGUGGUGGCUUCCAGCGCGACUCUGGCCGCGGUGGCUUCGCUCCUCGUGGCCGCGGAGGCAACGUCGCUCCCAAGGGCCGCAGCCAGGCCCAGGCCGCUUAAACGCUGAAUCAUGCUCAGCUCCUCUUCUCAUGAUGUAUCCUGUUUCACCUCAGGGGAUGCUCUUCACAUAGGCCCAUUCAGCGCAUCGAUUUGAGCUGUAACUGCCUGAAGAUGCCACUCCCAUAUCCUCUUAAUGACAUGUGUUAUGUGACGACUAUGUGUCACGCUCGCAUUUUAGCGGUUGGAAAAGUUCUUCAUUU